GUGCGUAUAUAUGUACAUAUUUUCACGCGUCUGGAAGCAUAAAUAAGUUUAGAACAGUAUUGUCAGGAAUAUAAUGAGAGUCGUAGCAUUAUAUUUAGAGUGCAUAUAGACAAAAUUGGCAAAUCAAGUUUGAACGGUAGUGAGUUGAGGCGUUAAGAAUGUUAUGUUAAUGAAUACCAGACAGUUCGUCAAUGAUGACAUGUCCUAGCGAACACCUUCGGUCUGCACGUUAUUUGGCACCACGUCAAGAGAAAAGUUGAAAGUUAGCUCUUUCUUCUCACUCUCUACUGAGUUUAUUUACGAGUCUGGAUGAAAAUAUCCGUUACACAAUGGGAAAACUUGCGUAACUCCACCCCUUCGCACUUGCUGUUCGGGCUCCCCCAGUACUUUGUGCGUCUUGCCAAUGCACGCCAAGAGGUUAGCGGCUAGCAUAGUUGGGCGGCACUGCUCUUUUCAUUGGAAAACAAUGGGAUAGGCAGAGCCGAGCAGUUUCACCGCUGAUCAUGUGUGGGGCAGGGCAAGGAGAAGAACCAUGGUGCUGAAUCCCGUGAUUUCCAAGCUGUCUGGUAAACUGGUGGUGCUGGCCAGCUCUUCCCCUCGGAGACUGGAGAUUCUCACCAAUGUUGGCUUACGGUUUGAGGUGGUGCCGUCGUGGUUCAAAGAGACCCUCAACAAGAGUCUUUUCAAAGAACCCCACCAGUAUGCUGUGGAGACAGCCAGGCAGAAGGCUCUGGAGGUGGCCAGGAGAAUGCCAUUUAAACACCUUAAAACUCCCGACGUUGUCAUUGGAGCAGACACCAUCGUGACAAUAGAUGGUUUGAUCCUGGAGAAGCCAAGGGACAAGCAGGAUGCGUACAGAAUGCUCUCACGACUGAGUGGCAAAGAGCACAGCGUAUGCACUGGGGUCGCUAUCGUCCUCUGCAACCAGCAAGAGAAUGAGGAAACUGAAUACCAGACCAUUGAUUUCUAUGAAGAAACGAGGGUAAAGUUUGCUGAUCUGUCUGAGACUAUGCUGUGGGAUUACAUCGACAGUGGGGAACCCAUGGACAAGGCGGGGGGUUACGGUAUCCAGGCCUUGGGGGGCAUGCUCGUAGAGUACAUCCACGGGGACUUCCUCAACGUGGUGGGCUUCCCCCUCAACCGCUUCUGCAAGCAGUUGGACCUCCUCUUCAACCCAGAGCUUGCCUCCAACGAGGUUGUGCAUACGGAUGUCAGAUUCAACGGCAGCACAACGGACCCCAUAGAGAACCCCUCCUCCACUUCCUCUCUGUCCAGCCCUGCCACAAGCAACCCUCCCCAAGCAGAGAUUACAAUCCAAAAUGGCCCACCAACCAGUCCAGCCCCUAAGAUGAAGAGGAAAGAUGGUCGAAGUGCACCGGAGGACAGUUCCUGGGCAAUGGUCAACAGUUUGUCAAAAUGCUCAGAGGGCCAAGAGAACAUGUCGGCAGCCGGCAGUGCAGUUCCAUCGGUGGCCAGCAGAGGGCCUAUGAAUCUCGUGAUUGAGAAAGUGCACACUGACGACCUAAAGCGGAUCGUAGAGCUGAUGGAUGGAUUUAAAGCCUCAAAGGCCUUGUUUACAGCCUCCAAGAUGCGCGUGUUUGACCUGCUCCAGAAAAGACCAGGCUUGGAGGGGGCAGAGGUGGCCCGGGGCCUGCAGGCCUCCCUCAAGGGGACCCUGUGUUUGCUGGAGGCUUGCGUGUCUCUUGGCCUAUUGGAACGCAAGCAAGGAGCAAACGAGGAAGGCGUGUACGAGAACAGCCGUCUGUCCCAGCGGUUCCUGGUGUCCGAUUCCCCCUCCUCCCUGCUGGGGUACAUGGCGCACUCUGAUGAGACGGUGUGGAAACUCUUCUCCCAUCUGGAGACCUCAGUCAGGGAGGGAACCAACCUACAGGCCAAGGUUUCCGCACAAACCACCAACGAUCUGUUUCAGGACAUGUACUCUGACGACGAGCGGAAACUGCGGUUCAUGAAGGCCAUGCACGGCAUCGCUGCGGUUGCGGGGCCAGCCGUGAUCACCGCAUUCGACCUCUCACGCUUCAAGACUGCCUGUGACCUCGGAGGGUGCACUGGCUCCAUGGCGCACGGGUUGGCCAAAGCGUACCCGCGGAUGUCGGUGACUGUGUACGACCUGCCGAGUGUGGUGGAGCUGAGCGGGACCUUCUGUCCACCAGGCCUGGAUAACAGGGUUUCCUUCGUCGCAGGAGACUUCUUUAAAGACCGGCUCCCCAAAGCUGACCUGUACAUCCUGGCCAGGAUUCUCCACGACUGGACGGAUGACAAGGUGCACGCCUUGCUGAGUAAAAUUUCCGACGCUUGCACUCCAGGCUGUGGCCUCCUGGUUAGCGAGAUCUUUCUGGACCGAGACAGGACGGGCCCCAGCCAGGGCCUCCUGCAGGCCCUGGGCCUGGGUCCAGGGAAGCAGAGGAGCGCGGGGGAGUACGGGGCCCUGCUAGAGAGCCACGGCUUCACCGUGUCGCACAUCGCGCACACAGACAGCCUGCUGGAUGCCCUGCUCUGCAUCAAAGAUUGACUCCUAGCUUAAAGACCAACUUAAUUUGUACCAGAUGGGUAGGCUUUGGACAUUUUGUAAUUGUAAUGUCAUAAUUGUUUUGUAAUUGUAAUGUCAUAAUUUUGAAUAAAUAAAACCUUGAUUGUAUGUUUAUAUUAUCU